CAGGGAGUCGUGCUCACAAAAUGGCCGCCGAGCGAGUUGCACAUCUCAAACGUUGGUGCUGCGCCGUGCAUUGACCCCUUGGCCCACUCCACCAGGGCCGCCCAGGCCUUGUAUUUAUUCCAGCUUUGCAGCGAUGGAGGCCCAAGGAGGCAGUGAGACGCUGCAGGCGGAGAGAGAGCGGAUUCGCUGGGAGAUCCUGGAAUUGGAACGGCGCCUGGGAGUGGACGCCAUUGAAGAGAUGGGAGGCAAGGAGGGCGGAUGUGAUGCUGAAGAAAAAUCUGCAGAAGAGGACUGCCUUUCUCUGGUGGAGGCCUCUGUCAGUGAAACUGCACCUCGGCUCCCUGACAGUGUUUCGGAUGACGAGGGAGAUGAACUUCCCGAGGACCCUGAGACGUGCCUGCAGAUGAAUCUGGUGUACCAGGAGGUGAUUGUGGAGAAGCUGCAGGACCUGGAGUUGCUGCUCACCCACAAUAAGGAAAUGCAGGCCGAAAUAAUGAGUGACUUGGCAGGACAAGAUGUUGAGAAAUCAAAAUUAUCAAAGAGUCAGCCUUCCAUGUUCCUGGGGCACUUCAUGAAGCCAUACUUUAGGGAUAAAGUGACUGGCCUUGGUCCUCCAGCAAACCAAGACACAAAGGAGAAGGCCACUCAAGGCAUAAAACCGUUUGAAGAAUUACUCGUAAAAAGCUGGAAGCAGAGAGAGAAAGACAAGCUAAAAGUCUCGAUUGCAAGUGAUUCGAUGCAGCGACUGCUGCAGCCUAAACUUGUGAGGCUCGAGUACCUGAACAAGAAACUGACGCUGUCCCGCGAUGAAAAGGAGAAAAGUGUCUUGGGGAAGCAGAUUGGUGAAACUGAGCGGGAAAUGGAUAAGAUUAACCAGAUGACGCAACGGCAGUUGUUGGGAAAUAGGUUUGACGACCACGAUUGGAUAAAGAUCUCCAACAUUGAUUUUGAUGGAAUUCGCAAGGCGGAAGAUAUCAAGAGGGUCUGGCAGAACUCUGAACAUCCAAGCAUCAGUCAAACCCAGUGGAGCAGCGAAGAUAUAGAGCGGCUAAAUGAGAUCUCAAAGAGCACUGGCUAUGUGGACUGGGAGAGUAUUGCAAGUGAGCUACAGACAUCCCGUACUGCUUACAUGUGUCUUCAGAAGUAUCAGGAGUUUAACAAGGACCUGAAGAGGAGAGAGUGGUCUAAGAAAGAAGACCAGAUGCUUACUGAGCUUGUGCAAAAGAUGCGUGUUGGAAACUUCAUCCCGUAUACAAAGAUUGCGUAUUUUAUGGAGGGGCGGAAUGGUAAACAGAUUGUGUAUCGCUGGUCCAAGGCACUGGAUCCCUCAGUGACAAAAGGGCCUUGGACACCAAAAGAAGAUGCGCUCCUCCUGAAGGCGGUGGCAAAAUAUGGAAACCGGGACUGGUACAAGAUUCAAGAGAUGGUCCCUGGGAGGAUGGAUUCCCAAUGUAGAGACAGAUAUCGGAAUGGCUUAAAUCAAAAUGUGAGGAAAGGAAAAUGGACUGAAAAAGAAGAGAGCGAUUUUAAAGUAUUGAUUGAGAAGCAUGGAGUUGGCAAAUGGGCCAAAAUAGCUGCAGAGCUGUCAGGCAGGACCGACACGCAAUGCAUCAGCAAAUGGAAGGGACUAGCAGGCCUAACGGCUCUUCGACAAAGGAAACGGAAGAGGAGACGACGGAUCGAGUGCAAACGGGAAAGCACUCCUGAGGAGAGUUCUGAGGAUUCUGAGAAAGACGACAUCUUGGAGGAGAUGGAGCAGGAGGAAGAGGACGAGGAAGACGAAGACGAUGAGUUGGUCCAGAAAGUCGAACAAAAGAAGCGGCCGAUAAAACGCAAGAAGCUAGCUGAGGCCAUAGUGUUGGAUGUGGACCGGUGGGUUCCAAUCGUAGCUAAGCAGCAGCUACCUGCGGAGGAAUACACAGCAGGCAAAGGUGACGACAACACAGCAGUGGAACAGCCUGUGGCCAAUUUGAAGAUUGAAAGUCAGACCCAUCGCGGGAGACCUAGAUCGAGCAAGAUUUGGAGAAAUAUCCCCAAGGCACCCAGUGCUCCUCCAGGUGCGGGGGAAACAGUAAAGAGUGCAUCAUCUGCAUCAACAGUAGUGUCAGAGGCAGAGCCACCUCCCAAACUCACCCAGAGCUUGGUGGCAACUGAUGAGCAACAGGAGCCUCCACGAUCCCAAAGGAAUCCCAAGCAGCCAAGGCGCACGAUGAGUACAGCAAAGCUCUCCGAUACAAAUCUGGAAAGAAGGUUGCUUGCAGAGAUCUCCCGAUGGACCACAGCAAGGCCACUUGUUCAGAGGGAAAUUGAUGUUCAACGCGAGAGACUGGAAGCAGCUGGUUUAAGCAGCACUCCUGUUUUUGUUCUCUUGUUACAGGUGUUCCGGAUUGAUAAAGAAGGAUGCAUGCAGAUCAUAAAAGAUAAGAUGAACAAGGCUACUCAAAGCUUGCCAGCAAUCACGAGUGAAAACCAGUCGAGGUCGGGGCCCUACCUGAACCAGGUGAAAGGAACCACCAUUGACGUGGGCAAUGGGAAGACCAUGGAAAUGGCUCGGUUUAAGCUCAGCUCUGCAAUUCCCAAAGAGAAACCAAAGACUGUCCACGAUCUGCUUGCUGAGAAGCGACGAGCUAGGAACCUGAUCAAAACCACUAGACUAGCAUCCAGACCUUUGGUCAUUCCACAACCAUUGACAAUCCAGCAACCAUUACAGGUGGUGAUGAUGCCGCAACCCAUGUCUUCCAGCAAGAUGCCCUUUGGUCUUGAAUCACAAGUGGCUAAACAAUCUUCAAUUCAAACCAGGAGCAGGACAAAGCCCAAGACUGAAUCCACGGUGAGACUAACUGCACAUGGGAAGCCAGUGGCAGGUACACCGCAGCUGUUGUCAGAGCAACCCAAUGGAGAAGCUAACACAGGGGCUACUCCAUUACCAAGGUCUAGUCGGGUAGGUUCAUCAGCCAUAGUCGAACCAAAGGAAAAUAUCACUGCACUGAAUGCUGCUUCUGUUCAACCCGCUAAAGCCAACUGCGGUGCUAGGUGGGUGCAGCCAAUUGCUCCAGCGCCACCAGUGCAGCCUGUGCUGCAGACCAACGGCAUGGUGAUUCCACUAAUGCUCCCUAACUCCACCGUACCCAUCAUGGCCCUGGUCACUCCCCAGGGUCUGCUCUGCCUUGCUCCAGGCACAGUCGUGGGCCUGCCCAAUCAGAAUAGCCAAACUCCCACCGCAGUCACUGGCGCCAGCCCAACAACCACCGUCCCCCAGAGUGGAGCGGGUGCCAGCACCUCGUUGAGCUCGACAACUCAAGCGCAGGUGGACUCCACCAUUGCACCCAGUCAGUGGGAGAUUAGUGGCCCCAGUGUAGCACCAGUGCAGACCAGCACCAGUGUAACGCUGUCCGCAACCCAGCCACUCAACACUCCUCCCCUGGCGGUGUGCAAGUUGGUCCCAUCAUCAUCAUCCAGCUCCGUGCAGAUUCCACAAACACUGUCGCCUGCAUUGGCUCCAAGUGCUGCAACAACGUCCACAGAUCCUCCAGCACUGGAGGCCACAAAGCAGGCGGCAGCUAACCGCACUGAUGGCAACGUUCCCACCCCUCUCUCGACCACACAGCUUGCUCAGGGAUCUGGACAAUCGAGGGUGACUGUAGAUGUUGCAAGCACCAGGUCACCAUCUACACAGCCCGGCAGUGUGGCUCCACCCGAGGGGACCAAGCAGCCAGUCCCACCGUCACAGUCGGACAAAACCUCUAUUGACUUUACACUUUUGUGUGACGACAAAGAUCCAGUAACGAGAGACUGGCUGGAAGGGAAAGGUGGUAUCCGUGUACCAGGGACGCCUACUACUCUACCUUAUCUGCCACCCUUUGCCGCGACUCUGAGAGGCUUCUCAAACCUACUGCUGCACAAGAAGGUCCUGGAGCAGAACGUGCUUGCCCACGAGGCAGCCGAUGUGAACGAACCAAUUGAUCCCAAAAUAAGACUUGAGGCAGCCAGGGUACAAGUGAGGGAGCGUCUGCAGAACAGCCCUGCGUACCAGCUCUUGAAAGCUCGCUUUCUCUCCGCCUUCACACUACCUGCGCUUCUGGCCACCCUACCGCCGGAGGGGAUUUCCACCACAAUCAACUCAUCAAAUGAAGAUCUCGACCAAGACUCGGGAGAAUGCGAGUACCCGGAGACUGACAUCGAGAGUGAGGAAGAUCCUGAAGGAUUGCCAGAACACUGCAUGGUGGAGGAAGUGACCAGCAGCGAGCCAAACCAGCCCUUUGAGAUCCCUGCUGACCUGUCAUUUGGCUGUGACUUGCUGGGCAGUUUGGAAACAGAGCCAGAGGAUCAAAACCCCCCAGAACCUCACAAUGUUCCAGAAGUUUCUGUUGCCCCUGAGGGCAAGGUUCAUGUGGCAACAAGACGAAGCCGUCGCCUGAGGAAAAAUCCUUGAGUUGCAGAAUAUACGGAGGCAUGAUGUUUACAGUUCCUUGGACCUGUUUUGCGUUUGAACUUGGUUUCUGGAGAUGGAGUGUAAGCUGAGGGCCAGUGCAAAGACCGCUCCCACAACUAAAUAUCCAUUGACUGACACGGACUUUGUGCAGAUAUUUGGAAGAAAGGGAUCAAAUAAUGUUCACUUCUAAAGUUUGUCAUGACAUGUUAAUGACUGGCAUGUUGUUUUCUCCAGUUGUGACAUUGCUUUCCUAUGGCCUUCUUUAAGGGGCCACAGACUGUUGGUGUUAACAGAGCUUCUGUACGAGCCAAUUGUACAGAAUCCUGCAGCUUCCUGGAUCAUUUCUAAUUGUUGUGUCAUGUAUGUGGCAAAUUAAAAAAUAUUUUAGUCAGAAAUAAAUUUCUUCUUUAAAUGCU